AUGUCAGAGAUGGUGGGUUCCAAGCCUUUCGCAGCGCCGGAGGUCUACGAAGAAGACUACACUGAAAAGUGUGACCUCUACAGCAUGGGAAUCCUCUUCAUCGCCUUGGUCACUGGAAAGCUCUACGAUGAGCACCAGAAGGCACCCGCCGAACAGAAGCGCCUCUUCAAUGCGAGUCGCUGGCUGGACCGUGCUGGCCCGGGCGCUUUGGAGCUGGCGAAGCAGAUGAUCGCGCCGGAAGCGGAGCGCUGUAGUGCCCAGGAGGCCCUCGAAAUGAGCCUGUUCAGCGAGCGAGCAAGCCCCGGCGCCUGUUGCGUCAUCCACUGA